CAGGCGCUUCAAAUUUCGGAACAACACAAGAAUGUCUGCUGUGCUUGAUACUCCAUUUGUGUGGGGUAGCAAAAGGUUAAAAAGUAAAAAGACUGAUGUUUGGGCCCAUAACUUUGACAUUGCAUUGCAUGCAGCUGAAAAAUCUCUGCUUACUUUAUCCAGUCUAGUGGAAACAGAAGAAAAUGCUACAGCACCCAACACAAAUCCAGAUGAUAAUCCAGAAACAGAUGCUUCACUGAAAGCUGUAACGCAGACAGCAGUUCAUAAUUGUUUAGCUCUAAUUACAAUUAUCAGGCAACCAUCUCAUGGCAUAAUCAAGCUGCCUGUUGGGUCAGUUUUCAAUCUAAUUUCUCGUGGGCUUAAAUUGUCAUAUCCUGCUUCUAAAACUUUGCCUUUUUGCUGUGUUUUAUCAGAAGCCCUACCUGCAAUAUACCAAGCAAUGCUUCAUCUAGUUAACCAACUGAUUAUUUGUUGUGGCACCCAUCUGCUCCCUCAAGUUCCUUUAAUAACAGACCUUUGUUUACAAGUAUUAAUCAAUACAACUUACAUGAAGACUAAAAUUAAAAACAUCAUUAGAACAAGUACCUACAAUGUUCUUAAACUGUUGAUUGAAAUGUUUGGCUGGGGACAGUUUUUGAUAAACCAGUAUAAUUUUCUUUAUAAUCAAUUGAUUUUGGACAUCAAAUUCGUAGACACAUUGGAAAAGGAAGAGAAACAGAUCAGUGCAAACUUUGAAAAUAAGAAAUCUACUACUAAUUCUUACAGCAACUUAUUAAAUAUUAAUCAGAAGGAGAUAGAAAAUAGUAUAAAAGACCAUAGUCUUUCUGAAUUAAAGUCAACCGUUGCUGCACUGGAAGUUUCCAGACUUGUUCUUGACAACGCAGAUUUUAUUCUUGCUGAGAAUCUUGCACGAUGCAUAUUAGAUACAACAUCAACAUUACAAAGAUCGGCUGCACCAUCUUUUUCUCCGUAUGCUCAACAACAUUGUAGAAAACUUCUAUAUUCUACAGUUUUAGCAUGUGCUACAAUCAAUUCGGUUCAUGGUCAAAAUAAAAAAGAUGCUAUUGCACAUUACCGAUUGAUGAAUAAUGCACUUAAUGUAUUAAGUUGUGGGAUGCAUUUGGAUACUUCAUAUGAGAUUCAAUUAACAUGCAAAAAGGCUUUGAAAGUUUUGUUUUUGUCUUCACAUAUGAAUAAACCAAUUAUUCAAAAAACUUUCAUGAAUGAAAAGAAUAACGGAAAUGAUAACAGCCAUGAAAUAGAUAAUGCUGCUGACCUAAUAGAUAAUGAAAAUCAAGAACUUUCAAAACAAGUUUUAGAAGCAAAAGUUAUUGUACAGAAUCAGAACCAUCAGAUUAUCCGCCUUAAACAGGAAAUACAAGCAUUAAAAACAUUACAGGAAGAAGCAUUACAACAAACAAGGCUUAAUAAUGACACGGCUCAUCAACUUAAUAAUGACACGGCUCAUCUACAAGUGAAAAGCUCACCGAUUGUUGAAAAUAUUUGUGUUACAAAGCAAAUAUUUUCUCAGAAUAUACCCAAAAAGAGAAAAGAUGAUGUAAAUGUGUUGAAGAAGGAAAAUCCUACAAAAAAGUCACAUAAAGAAAGCCUGGAAGUGGAAAAUGAAAUAAUAAAGCCAACCAGUGGCGGUGGACAGUCAUCUGUGAUUGAGGCAAUGAUCUUAGACUUCGUUGAUGCAGAACCAGACAUGUUUUGAUGAAGGUCAAAUUUUUUGGAUAUAAAACAAAAUUGUUAGAAAGCUUUCAACCUCAGAAAUAAACAAAUUGAAAACAUCA